GAAACGUGAAAUCAAAUAAUAAUAAGAAAAUGAAAUUGAUAGAAGUUGCGAAAUGCAGUAGAUCUUCGAUUACAAUAUCUUUCACUCGAUACUCGAUUAAUAACUGCAUAGUAAGCGAAAGAAAACAAAAGAAAGUUAGAAAGGUGAUAUCUCAAAAUAGGAGAAAUCGUAGAUUUGGUGUCGUGUGUAAAAAAAAUAAAAAAAAUAAACAAAUCACCUCGGAUUGUUAAGAAAUUUUCACUUCAACAAAAUCCCCAUUUAAAAAAUGCGAUACCAACGAAUACAAAGAUGUAUAGGGGGUUUUAAACGUCAUCGCACAACGGCAUUGGCAACGGCAUUGACAACAGCAUUGACAACAGCAUUGAAACUACGUUUGUUUUCCUCGCUCUCACAUCAGUGGCGCAGCUGCUAUACGUGCGGCCCUUUUCCUUCUCCGACGCAUCAUCGAUCGCUUGGACGCCCAUAACCUCAGUGCUGUUUCGAACAAGCACACACGUCACACGAGCGCGAUCUCGCCUAUCCUUUUUGUUCCUUAAAUAUUUUUCAACAAAAAAUAAACAAAAUAAGGAAAAAAAAACCCCCAUCCAACAGCACUUCGAGCAAACCUCUUAAUUGAAUCGAAAAAUACGUCUUUGUGAACAAAAUUAUUGUUGUCAUCCCAAGUACUCGCGAUUAUUAUUAAAAGUGACAGGAAGAGAGAGAGAUAGUGAGAGAGAAAAGUUCACUAACUAUUCCUUCAACCCUCUUGUCCAAUCCCUACCCCGUUUAAUUUUUUUUUGUUUUUUUUUGUGUGGUAUUCGAUCAUCAUCGGAAAUAUUUUACCUGCAAUAGUGAAACACAGUGUGGUUUACAUAUGUCAAUGAAGUACGAACGUUAUUCUGAAUAUAUCAACUGCAAUCCCUGUUUUUCAAGAUGGUAGAUAGAUAAUGUGAAAGUAUAAGCUGUUGGAAUUGAUGCAACGUCUUUUCAACAAUCCAAUUUAUUCCUCCAUAAUUUCAACAUGAUCGUUCAGUAUACUUAACGGAAAUGACAAGAUUAUUACUGGCUUAAGAAACAGGCUUAGAAACUGUUAAGUCAUAAUCUCAAAGAGAAAAAAAGGAAAAUAGGAAAUGGCAGUAAAGAUUGGCGUUAUGAUCAUUGGUCGAGAUCGUCAAACGAGUUGAAUGAUCACUAUAAAAACAAGUCUACCGGUGAAGAGAAGUGAAAAGAGGAAGGUGGUGGGGGUAAAGGAAAAAGCACGAAUGAUCUUAUCUCGUCGUGAACUAGCGCAUUUUCAGCGCACGAAUCGACGAAAGAUACUCCAAGAAAAUUACGGUGAUCGUCAACGUUCAAGGUUGUAGAUAAGAAAAAAAGAAUCGACGAAUAAUUGUGGUGGACCGAUACGUUGAUAAUCAUGGAUAAAAACGAUAUCCUGGUUAAUCUUCAUUAUUUACCUAUCAUACUAUUCGUUUCCCUGCCUUCGGUAUUCAUAAUCACGUAUAUCAUAGCUGUAUUAUCGGAUCACGUAGAAGCAGGAUUUCCUUACAUCUCAGAUGUGGCAACCUUAGCACCAGAAAGUUGUAUAUUCGCUCAAUUUAUGAACAUGAUCGCUGCGCUCAUGUGUUUCGUCAUCUACAUAAGAUAUUCUCAAGUGAAAGAAUGUACCAGCGCAUUUCGUUUACAAGCAUCUUUACCAAGAUGGAAUUAUUGGGCCUUGAUUCUUGGCCUAACGACUACCCUAGGUGUCUCAAUUGUAGCUAACUUUCAAGAAACAUCGGUCAUUGUGGUACACAUGAUUGGUGCAUUUUUAUGUUUCGGUGGUGGCACCGCAUAUUUUUGGACACAGGCUGUUUGUUCAUUCUACUUACAUCCACUGGGAUGUUCAUUAAGAAUGGCCCAUCUACGAACAGCUUUAUCAACAUUUUGCACGGUCUGCUUCUUCGUCAUAUUCAUCACCGGAGUUUUAGCAAGUCUGGCAUAUAAAGGUACUAAUCCUCAGAAAUGGUACAAAGCUGACGGUGGUUGGGAACUUCACGUUACAAGUACUGUAACAGAAUGGAUUUGUGCAAUCGCAUUCUGUUUCUACAUUUUGACGUUCACCGAUGAAUUUCGUGACAUUAGGAUGAGCCAUCCAAAGGUGAGCAGAGGUACCGGUGUAUAUGUAAACCUGCUUUCUCAUUCGCCAGUUGAUACACCUUGCCCUGGAUAUCGAUACAGAGAAAACAGGGAUGCGUUAUUGGAUGAUGUCGCACCAUUAAUAGCAACGACACCACCUAACGAGAGAAGAACCGAUGACCUCUGCCCGGUACAAAUACACGUGCAUGAUUCAGCAAUCAGAGAACGUCGUCGUCAAGGAUUGGAAAAAGGAAAAGAACGUGAAGAAAAAAGUAAUGAAACUCAAGAAAACGAUUCUCAUCGGUGGAUCGACUUGGACGAGAACGUCCUUGACAGUUAUAUACUAAUCGAUGACGGUUGCGUUGAAUCGGCAGUAAUACAUGAAGAAAAAAACUUUCCUGAUUGCGACAAUGACGUAGACCUCGACGAUGAGGCUGGUAGUCACAGUAAUUAUAAGUUGAGUAUACUAGCUAAACUACCUUGGAUCAGACAGGUUGAUUCUGAUCAUGAUGAUUCAACCAUUUAUCCACUUGCUAACAGCCAUGGCAAUGCUUACCAAGAGUCAAGCAGUCAUAACGAAUAUUCAAGAUUAUAUACCGAAAUUUCAGCUAAAAAGGAAGCUGAAGAUCGUCGUCGUCGUCGUUGUCAUCAUCAGGAAGACGGGGAAUACGCCAUAGCGAAUAGUCAUGGGGAUAAAAAUAUGUUGGGUAUUAGAGGACGUACUUGUAGCGAGAGAUUAGAAUCAGAACAUCUUUCGUUGAGAAAUCCUAAAGUUGACCUUAUUAAUUACGAAAUAGCUAACAGUCAUAGUAAUUAUCGUGUGUUUUAUGAUAGCCAAACUCAACAUCAGGAUAUACAGUCUAAUGAGUCGUGGAAAGAUAAAUUAGACAAAAAUCAAGACUCUACUAACGAAGUUGAAGAUAAAAACGAAAAAUCAACGAAUUCUCCUAUAUCGAACAAAUUAGAUAACAAGUCGGAAGACGCUACUUGUGACAUAGAACAAUGUCUGGUACAAAUAGAAGAGAGUUUAUUGAACAUUGAACAAAAUUUACUUCACGUUCAAGAUUUAGAUUUACCCGAAUUAAGAAAUCUUCUUUACAAGAGUCCAAGUAUCGAGAGAAGUUUAUAUGAGAUGCAGGAUCUUCUUUAUGCCGAUAGCAUCGUACCGGUUAUAAAAAGAAACAAAUCGUUGUCUCUGGAAUCUGAGGAAGAUGAAGACGAGGAUGAAGAAGAGGACGAAGAUGAAGAAGAAGAAGCCUGGGUCGAAGAAAAAUUAACAAUCAAGGAUGACGACGACGAAGACGGUGACGCAAAUCCUUAUCCUUUCAAUGGUGGUUCGAAUGAAGAAUCAUCGGACACUGCUAAUCAAGACGAAAACAAUCCUCCUAAAUCAAUCGACGAUCAAACGAGUAACGAUUGGGUCAACGAAAACGUUGAUCUCAAAAACGAAACCGUCGAAUCAAAUGUACCAAUUGAUACAUCCAAAGCUGUCAAUUUUGUUCUAAACAGUUUAGGAAAGACACCAUCUAGACGUACAGUCAUUGACGAAAAUAAAGAAAAUAUUAGACUGUGUUGGUCAGAACCGGAAGAUCCUACGGUCGAUUAUAAUUUAAAUAAUUCCUGUUUGGAAAAGAAAAUUCAUUGUCAGGACAAGUGUCACACCAGGACUAAUUCGCUCGAUGAAAAUUCAUCUUUCAAGGAUACAGAAGUUACAGAUAAGUAUACGAAAACUUCGUUGCAAAAUAUAUUCUUCGAGCAUAAAAGUAAUCGAUUAUUGAAAUCCUCGGACAAGGCCAAAUCCGAUGGUACUUUGCAAACUCGUCGUGACAGGUCGUCAUCUUCCGGUAGAGGUGAACAAGGAAAGAAGAAUAAAGAAAGAAGAAAAAGAAGAUCUUCCAACGAAAAUCGUCUUAUCGGUUUUGACGAGAAAACCGAAGAUUUUCGUAAGAAGAUUGAAAGCAUGGUGUCACAUCGUAGAUCAACUAUUUCCACUUUGGAUUAUCAUAGAAAAACAACAAAAACAUCUACGGAAUCAAUUGACAGAGAAAGAUCACGUUCUCGUGAUAGAUCACCUAGCAGAUCCUCAAAAAGGAUUUCUUCGUCUAUGGAAAGAAUUCACGAGAAGGAUUCAGCUGGUGGUAAAAAUUGUGAAAAGAAAAAAAGAAAAAAGGUUACGGGUAGAUCGCAAAGUACAUCGGACAAUGCUUUGGUCCCAAGCAAGUUAAUAUCAUUGUCCUUGUCUCUGUUAUUGGCAGCACUUUUACAAGCAGUGAGAUGUCUCACUGAUCUCGUUGAAGAUGCCUUUAGAUCUGUCAGUUAUGACAGAAGUGGCCUAUUACAAUAAGGACUUUCUCGAAUUAACAUACACUUGUAUGGGGUUCCAUUGUUUUACAAAAUCUCACCAUCGACAUCUCAAUAAUCCACAUUCUCUAGUUCCCUUAAUUAUAAUCGUUAGAAAACUCCUUAGAUUUAUUAGAGAUUAAUCAUUGUCAUAAUCAUUAUAACUUUCGUUUCAUGAAAUACAUUCGAUCGAGUAAUCGCAAUUUUUCAUGAUAUCGAUGAAAUAAUGUCUCGAUGUUAAAAUUGCUAUUUCUUACGAUACAACGAAUAAGGGCUGAAAUGGAUUCGAGUGAUAUUUAAAGUACGAGUGAAAUUCGAUAUUCAUAAUUGCCCUGAUUUUCUUCAUGAAAAAAAAAAA